AUGUCUGCUAGUGUUACUGUCAAACUUCAAGACAAGACAAAGUCUAUACCUAUUGAAUUAAGGCAAAACUCAACUGUCUUCUUAGAAACGAUUACAAAAGAAUUUGGCGUUACCCCAAAUGACGUAAGAGCCUUGUGUGGUCCAAAACAAAUACAAGUUAACCAUGAUUUAAGUGAAUAUGGCAUAGGAGAAGGAGCAGUUAUUAAUCUAAUUCUUCGUAACAGAGGAGGUUUUUGA